AUGUAUCAAACUUGUCCCUCAGUGCCAUCUCUUCCGCCCAAGACAACAUUGUGUAAGAAGCACAAAAUUGCCCAGAAACUAGUCAAUGGUGCACGCAAGAAGCUGCUGAAACAUCAUGUUCGCAAGGUAUCAUUCACUGAAUUUACUGUUAUUAUUCCUGGAGGUGGGAUUCCAGUGUGGUCUGAGCACGAGCAGAGUCACCCUUCAAAGAGUAUCAAUCUGCCUGGAGAUUGGUACAAGGAAAGUUUGAGGGGUUUAGCUUUUUGGGCUGUUUUUGAAGUCGAUGAUUAUGACUCUGAUAAUGAUACAGCCAUGGACAUGCAAUGCGGAUUUGAACUUUAUUUUGUGCAUAACAACUACAAGGUGAUUCCUGAUACUGGAUUUUUUAUAAAUAGAAGUAGCAAGGUUGAGUCAGAUCAUUUGUGGUUGCAUUAUAUACCGUCGUGUUCAUUCAGUACGACAAGGAAGAUGGGUGGUUGA